AUGCUCAAUAUAUAUAUACUGCAAGGCUCGUAUUCGUUCAUCACAAUUGAGGACAUCGACCCGCUGGAUAUUGGUGACUUGCUGGGCAAUAUCGGCGGGUUCUGGGGUUAUGUUCUACUCUCGUUUGCAGUGUUCUUCACGGUAGCUGAGCCAGAAAAGCUGCCAAGGUUACGAGCGCGUGCGUUCUACACGAAGCGCGGGACCGAAGAAAUGAGACGCCGUUUGUCGGCCACAAGCAGUACGAGUAAGUCGCCGGAUGCUUCACAGGGUGCUACGGAGGUUCGAGAGCAGCUGCCCGACUGGGCAGACGAGAGAAACGGCGGAGAAGGCGAAGCCGAAGGCAAAUCGGAAGUGGAGACCCCAGCCAUCCCGAGCUUGAAGAACCCCACACCAUCUAUGAUUCGGAGGCGCUCAUCAAACGAAGAUCGCGAGACAUGCGGAAUCCAAGGCACCACAUCCGUUGUUGUUGAGGGCGAGCCGAGAGGAGUCAUGGGCUAGAUCUGGUGACGGCUAGGGAUACAUUGCCGUAGAUGAACGCACCCAGAAGCGGCAGCACCAGCAGCAGUAGUGACGGUGGACAUUUCCUAUUCUUGCUGUAUGGUGAGCAAAUUUCGUACCCCAAGGCGAGCGGGGAUGUCCUCCAGGUAUUUCGCCCCGGAGAGGAAAUAGGCGAGUACUUCGGGCCGGUUGUCGAAGAGUAGAUACGCACGAGCAAAAGGUGUAUGUGGUGGCUCAGAUGCAUUCGACACGAUACAUAGCCAGGGUGUGGUCACAAGCAGGUAUACAACACCCAAGACCAACGUUUUCGGUUGAAGACAUGUGCACUUCGUCGACAAACCUUUUUCGGGGGUUGAUGGGCUACCCAUGUGCGUGGGGCGAAGGGUUUAUCGUUGAUAUGCCUUGCAUUAGAGACUGCUAAUCGUGUUCGUUCGGCCAAGCGUGUUGCGGCCCUGAGUGUCAAUUGAGAUGGUGGUCCCCUACCGUUUCCGGUUUCCGGCGUUCGUCUUCGGAUUCGCCUGCGCUUCAUUACCACUCCCCCUACGUUUAGCUAAUCGCUCUGUGUCUUUGCUGUUGGGAUUGACGGAUGCGUUGCUGUACAAUGCUGAGAAAGGACACCGGCUGGUGGUGCAGUCGAACAUAUUGUAGAAGCUCUGCGAG